UUGUAGUAGAGGGCGGGUGAGAGUGAGUGGGAGGGUUUGCGCGCUACCGCUCCACCAGGAUUGGGAUUGACAAGUAGCCGUUAGCUCGUUGGUUGUACCACUCGACUGUUUGAAUGGUUUAGCGGUUGAAAGCAAAGAAGAACUGGGAUGCAAUUUUCAUAAAAGAAGACAAAUAUAUAGGGUGACGUCUCAUUUUAAACAUAAACAGAAGCCACACUGAACCAGGUGAGAAGCUCAGCGUGUGCGGGAGAGAGUGAGAGUGGGUGAGAAACUGAGAGACAGAGAGAGAGAGCAAGCGGCCAUGGACCAGCAGAGACAGAGAUCUCUCUCCACUUCAGGAGAGUCGCUUUACAUCGUGCUGGGACUCGACAAGAGCGCCACAACAGACGACAUCAAGAAAUGUUACCGGAAACUAGCAUUGAAGUUUCACCCUGACAAGAACCCAGACAAUCCGGACGCGGCCGACAAGUUUAAGGAGAUCAACAACGCUCACUCCAUCCUGAGCGACACCACCAAGAAGAACAUCUACGACAAAUACGGCUCGCUGGGGCUCUACGUCGCAGAGCAGUUCGGAGAGGAGAACGUCAACACCUACUUUGUUCUGUCCAGCUGGUGGGCAAAGGCCUUGUUCGUGUUCUGCUGCCUGUCCACAGGCUGCUAUUGUUGCUGUUGCCUGUGCUGCUGCUGUAACUGUUGCUGUGGUAAGUGCAAACCUCGGCCGCCCAGUGACCAGGAGCCCGAAUUCUACGUGUCCCCCGAGGACCUGGAAGCCCAGAUGACCGCGGAUGAGAGAGAUGGUGGAGAGCCCAUCGUGAUGCAGCCGUCCUCAGCCACAGAAACCACCCAGCUCACUGCUGAUCCACACCAAAGCUACAGGACCGAUGCAUACUAAACACACACACACACACACACACACACACACACACACACACACACACACAGAUAAGUCUCACCUUACAGUUACCAAACUGUAACAGUUUCAAUCAUUAAUACCACAUCCCAGGACAAAUGCACACACACACAUUCUCAACACUUUCAUGUCUGUCCAUCUGUGUUUUUUCUGUUUCAUCCAACAUAAUAACACACACACGCACACACACACACACACACACCAGCAAAUACAACAUACCAUCACUCAGUUCAGCCCAAACUUAAGUCUCUGUUUCUUAUUAAUGUGAAGUGAUGAGGAGGAGGAGGAGGAGGAGGAAACGUGAGGAAGGAAAAAUAAACAGCUCUGAAAAUGUCUCUAAACACAGCAUUAUUCUCACGCUGUUUUAAUGCAGUGUGAUCAUGUGUCUCUUAAUUUGUUCUUACCUAGAGUAACAUUUUUCUUUCAGAUUAUAAGAAAAUGUCAAAUGAAAGCAACUUUCAGUCACAAAUAUUUCAACAAAAUCCAAGACGCUUAAGCCUGUGAGAGGAAUGCACAUUGUCAGGCGGUUGACAGUGUAGGCGAACUGACUCGUUUCACUCACGAGCGUAAACAACUAUUUUAACACUUUAGGUCUACUUUUUGUCCGCACUGCCCUGGUUCACGAGCCGUUUCUGUGUGAUAUGUCAGGUCAUAUCGGCUAGGGCCCCCCCGGUCUGUCUGCAUGACACAGCGUGUAUGUCCAACAAACUUUGUGUGCGGCUCUUUCUUCGAACGGAACCACAAGACUUCUCUCUUAGGCGGACGCUGGCAGGAAGUAGCUAGUAGGACUGUGUGUGUUUCUGUCCUCUGGACCCUUGUGGACAAAUAGCGCCUCACAGUGGAAACUGUUUUCUCAUUCAAAGCUCGUUCCAACAGAGUUUAAUCCUCUCCGUUAUGAAAUAAUUGUAUGUUUUUAAAAGGUUUGGUAAAGCAGAAGGAAAGACAGAAGGUCCUAAUACCAUCGUAAGAGAUCAUUAUUUUUGAUAAAUGGCACGUUAGCCUUCGCUCUAUUUCAGCUCAGUUUAUGCAGCAUCAGUAAUCAUACAACAGAAAUAUCUUCCGAGAGGACACACUGAAAAAGAUUACUGAUGAAUGUGAAUUGUGACUGGUGUCUUUACGCCAUUCCAGAGCAUCGUGGCUCAAAUCUAAAAAAGUAUUCCAGUAAUAGUUGAAUCCUUUUGAAGUCUUGAUCCUCCUCCUUCCUCUUCUUCUCUUCUUUUAUGUUUUAAUCUUAAUCCCUGUUUCACAUUGAGAGCAGAGUGUGUGCUGUAGGAGCCAUGGCAGAGUCCAGUGUUAUUAAUAGGGACAUUACCAUACAUUAGGGACCUCUCGGUGUCACCUAGGAAAACACACACACACACACACACACACACACUGAUUGAGCCCCUUUUGUUUUUAGUUUCCCAUUUGUUUUGUGAGAAAGUAAAAAUGCUGUACAUGUCGUGUAAAGUGUAUGUUUAGAUUUAACGUCACUGUAUUUCUUUGAAUUGGUUCAGAAAUUUGAACACCUUUUUUCUCUUCGUCUAUUUGUCUCUGUAGAAUUGCUUUUCAUCGUUUUUGUUUUUCUUAUUUAUGUUGUUAAUGAAGGGAGGAUAAUGAUAUCUAAAGUCUUAUUUUUUGCAACCCUUUCAGUAGAUUAUCAAAACCCUCAUAGCAACUAAAGAGCAGUUUACAGAAAUCAAACGGAUUAGUUAGGGUUUAAUUUAACGGAGUAGCGCUUUCUGGUUUUUGUAGUUCAUUUUUAAUUGUCCCACAUGCGUAGCACUCCAGCUCUGCUAUAGUAGAAAACACAGGAACUUUGUGAUCGUUUGUGUCAACAGCUUGUUGUGAUUUAACCAUCCAGGCUAUUUAUUCACUAUAUUUUACUUUUAUUACUCAAUCAAACACUUUGUUCGUUAUGUAUUCAUACAUAUCAUGAGAAAGUGCAAUAUUAGCUGUUUCAGGCUCAUUACCAUAUACAAACAGUAUAGGGUAUUUCAUAUAGCCUAGUGUGAGGGCACAAGAAGGAAGCUCAAUCAAGGUAAAGGAGAGAGGCGGCCCCUUAUUCGUCCCACAGAGGGGACAUUUACAUUCUGCAUUUGACCCACCCUAGUGUUAGGAGCAGUGGGCUGCCAGUGUGCACAGCGCCUGGGGAAAGUGCGCAAAUCACAGUAAACACAAUAUGCUUGAUGUUCAAAUCAUCUAUUUUGAGUUGUAUUUCUUUUAGAUUGUUUUAAUAUAGUUUAUUGAACCCUGCAGAUGCUCCUUAUUAAUCACAUUUCUCUGAACUUGAUUUGUUUUGUGCUUCAUAUCAUGUGACCACUGUCCACUGAAAUGCUACACCGAUAAACCCAGAAAUUCCCUCCUCUCUGUUUCUCAUUUUCUCUCUAAUGACCAAACAUGCAACAUGUGAGCGAAUGCAGCCUGAAACACACAGACCUGGAGUCAAAGCUACUCCCGUUGUUAGAUCUAAAUCAAUGACAUAAAUAACAAUAACUGUAAGUGUGAAUGUAGCGACGAGGUGAUAAUUAUAUCGAAGCAUUGUUUUAUUUAUUUUAUUUUCUUAUGUUUUUAAUAAUUGAUUAGCUGGUGUGUCGAGGGGAUGUAUAGAAUUUUAGAUGUGAUACAUUUUGACAAUGAAGUGGUAAAAUGGCAGACCUGCUGUAUAUACACGCAGUGGCACAGUACAUAGAGACGUUAGAGGUUUUCUGUUUUAGCAUGGACUGAUAAUGUUGUUGCGUCUGUCAGGCAGCCGUGUGGGGAAAUGAAAUUCCCUGUCUGAUGUACUGAUGUAAAAUAAAUGUUUCUGUUGCUUCGGA